AUUCUGUUCUUUCUCGGUGCUAGCAGCCAGCGUGGUAAAACACUAUGAUAAAGUCAUAAAGAUACAGCAACCCGAGUGACGGCCCCCGACUCCCGAGUCAAUAAUCACUGUUAUAUUUGAGUCCUGGGAGUUAAACGGGUGCACGGAAAGGAGGCCCAGACGCCAUGGACGGUACUCCAAAAAGCGCGGCUGCCAACGGCACCGCCCCAGCUAGCGGCGCAGCACCACCAGCCACCUCCUCUAUAUUCGGCCCCGCGGCAGCCGCCGCAGGGCCCAGCUCUGAGGCAACAUCGGCUGCUGCCGCCGCUACAGCCGCUGAUGACCUGGCCUUGCAAUUCGCGAAGCUGACGGAGGCGGUGGACGCCAAGAUGAAGGCGCUGGCGGAGAGGGAGCGCAGCAUGGCGGCGGCGGCGGUCCGGCUGUCCGCCGCCAAUGAGCGUAUGUCCUCAGUGCUGGGGCAGUCCGGGGCGUCUGACGUCAUCCGACUCAACGUGGGCGGCACAGCGCUGGCCACCAGCCGCAGGACUCUGACGCUGGUCCCUGACUCGCUGCUGGCGACCAUGUUCAGCGGCGGAUGGGACGACCACCUGACCCGCGACCCCACUGGCGCCGUGUUCCUGGACUACGACCCGCACCUGUUCGCCGCGCUGGUCAACUGGCUGCGCGGCUGCGACCUGGCGGGGCCGGAGGCGCCACUGGCGGAGGUGCGGGUGGAGCAGGACCGCCAGGAGCAGCUGCUGGUGCUGGUGGACUUCCUGCAGUUGCAGCGGCACGUACCCUGCAGGUUUACGGAGAUCUUCAGCCCCACGCUCUCCUCGCCCUACAUCGCACUCAGCGACAGCACCGGUGGCAGUAGCAGCGGCAGUAGCACCACCACCGCCUGCGGCUACCAAACCGUGGCGCGGCGCACGGGUGGCGGCGGCGGCUCGGGCGCCUACGCGGUGGCCGCCGCGGCGCACAGCCACUUCGACACGCACGUGGAGGUGGUGCUGGAGGUGGAGCGAUUCGGUGCAGGGCGGGCGGUUGGUGCAGCUGGCGCGGGGGUGGCGGCUGGGGCGGCCGCGCCUGCAGCAGGGCUGGGAGCUGACGGCGGCGCGAACAGGGCUGCUGCGGGGGCAGGACCCGGGGGCCAGGGGCCACAGCAGCCCGGGGGCGGCUCCGGCGCUGAUGAGGGGCGCGCCAACCAGCCCAUGUUCGUGGGCGUCAUGUGCCGGGGGCAGCUGGCCGGACUGGACCAGAGCAAGAGGAACACCAACGCCACCUGGGAAAGCACGUGCCACGGCUGGUGGACUCACCGGCGGUCGGGCUCCAAGGUGCAGGGCGGCCGGACGCGCCUCCUGGGGCACACGCCGCUGUGGGUGGAGGGCGACACGCUGGUUCUCAGCCUGGACGCAGCCCGGCGGUCAGACCCCGCAGGGGCGCAGGCCGUGCCAGCGACAGCAGCGGCCUCGACAUCGACAUCGGCAGAGACAGCGCCGUCUGGGGCAGGCGCUGGAGGCGGGGCUGCAGGGCAGCUGGGGGGUGGCGCCGGCGGCGCUGCAGGGCAGCUGGGGGGUGGCGGCAGUGUGGAGCUGAGCCUGACCAAUUGCCGUACUCAGGAGACCCUGCGGCUGCGGUUCAGCCCAGACGCACUUGGCGGCGCAAGCGAGGAGCAGUGGGUGGUGAUGGUGGGGAUGGCGGGCGUGGGCGACUGCGUGCGCAUUGCCUCGGCGCGACGGGUGGGCAUGCGGCCGCUGCGGCCGCAGGACUGAUGAUGUAUCGUGGGGAGCAGCGGCGCCCUAAGGGUGCUAGGGAUGGCGCAAUGGGACAGGCCUCGCAUAGCUUGCAGUUUGGUUGCUGCGGGUGGGCAGUUGGUGCGGGGGAAUAAAAAAUAGUAUGAUGGGGUUCUAGGACAGCUCCGACUAAUCCCCAACUAACUCGUGUACGGCACCCCAACCCCCCUCAGCCGUACAGGAGGUAGCAUGGCAGUCGGCAGCUGCGCGAGUGUGAGCAGGUAGUUGUACGGCGGCCCGGCUUGGAAGCUACCUGACUGCAGUGACGCACACGUGCAGUUGGCGCUAGUCGACAGGCGCGCGAGUGGGAGCUGGCAGUUGAGCGCGCACGCGUGUGGGAAGCUGCGUCUGAGCACGGUGGAGCAUGGCGGGUGUGCCGGUUGGCGCGGCGCGCGAGUGGGAGUGCAUAGUCGUGCGCGCGCCGUCUGGGAAGCUGCGUGUGUGAGCUGCGUGUAAGCUCAGAGAGAC